AGCUACCUUACUAAGGAAUCACAAACUGUUUGUUAUUACUAGUAGGCAUUGUUAGGCUACCUAGUAACUGUUUCUUAGUAGAUAUAUUUUCGGAUUAUACUAUUUACCUAUGUACGCUAAAGAUACGAUUGAGUAUAAGUAAUGACUAACGCAACGUAACUCUUAUAACUUAAGAGACGACACUUCUUUCCCCUUGUCAUACUUAAUCAUAUAGCCAACCUUAAUACUCACUUACAACCUUACAUAUAUCAAGGUUACACUUACCUGACUCUACACCUCUGGAGUCGCGUGAGGUAAGGGAGAUACUAAGGUCACUUACCUACCUAGGUACGUACUUUACGACUUGAAUCACCUCUCCGUCACGUCACUACUUGGUUGGAAGCUCCCUAGAAAACCCUUGGCUUCUCCCUUCCUUAAACUGAUUUACAAAUUAGAGCAACCUUUAAUACAAGUAUCCAGGGUAAAAAAAAAAAGCAGAUUUCGCGGGAAAGAUCAGGCACUGGGUCCAUUGCCCUGACGCCAGUGUUAAAGCUACGAUACAGGAUAUCAUUGUAGGUCAAACUUACCAUGCCAAAGAUUCUUUACUAUGAUAUUGAUUGGUUCGAUGACGGUUUACAUCCUGUGUGGGGGGACAGCGACGAAGAAAGUGGCUUUGGGGACGUCGCUGUCGACGAUAUGGACGAAGAGAUUUCGAGUCAGCGUGCUCGAGAUCACCAUGAGGAAUCCUACCAAGAACCCUACCAAGGAACCCUAUACUCUCUUUCACGACAACGCAACGAUUUCAUCACACAUACCCAAGCCACUCUAAACGACGAGCGCGAUAUUUCCAGUCACAUGAAUUACGACCCAUAUCAUGAAUGGAUACGUGAUUCGACGCCCUACUACUACGACGAUGACGACCAUUACGACGAAAACUGGGAAGAUUAUUGGAGCCAAUUGGUCACAGCGGACACGUACUGUUGGUGGUGGUUCCCGAUCGUGGUUGAGAGGGUGAGCAGCGGACUGUACAACUGGAACCUCUGGCAUGGAGACACUGCUUCGGACUAUGAUAUGCGGACCAAUUUGGGAAGCGACCGGGAUUGGGAAGCCUUCGACCGGGAUUUCGAAGACAGAGGCGGGUUCGGUAAUGAUGAGUCUUUGGGAUGGGGCCCAAGUGUCCCAGACGAAAUCGACGAGGAUCUCCCGAACCCGGUCAACUUCCCUCCUGACCGUGAUUACUUUAUUUACGCUCGUCACCCCACCGAUCCGUGGUGGCCACUCUCAUAGUGCUUUUUGGCUUGGGUAUGGUAACGCUCGUCAGGGAAAUCGGCCCUAGAUUGGACAGAGAGCGAGGUUUCUUGUAGUCGAAAAGCGUAUCCGAACCAAUGAUGCCUAUCAAGGGGGUUUGUGACCACGUCAUCGACUAUACCGCUCGAGGUUGAAGAUGCGCCGGCAUGAAACGAUUUGCAGCCUAUGGAUCACAUUGAUUGAGAUCUGAGUCUGUACACCGGUUGGGAGGACGGAUAGAAGGUAGCUAAUCGUCGCGAGCCCUAUUUCAGAGG